AUGCCGAGGGACGACUCUAAAAAGGACGGGACUGUCACCGUCAACAUCGAGGAGUUUACCAAGACUCGCGACAGUGUUCUUGCCGGCCUGGCGCAACUGCAGGCUGCUGCCUUUGAAUUGUCGCGCGCAUACAUCCACCACACCAACACGGUUCUUGGCCAAGAUAAUCCCAAUGGUGACCUUGCCGCAUUCACCAACCUCACCGCUAGUCUCCGUGAGAGUGGCCUUCUUGGCCCCAUCGCCUCCGCUCCUGGAGCUGGCGACGACAAGAGGAAGCGCAAGCGCGCAAAGCCUGACCCUAAUGCCCCAAAGCGUGCUCUGACCCCGUUCUUCUUGUACAUGAAGCACAACCGGCAGACAAUCGCUAAGGAGCUGGGCGACAAGGCGGCGCGCAAGGAGGUCGCUGACGAGGGCACUCGUCGCUGGUCUGAGAUGCCAGACAGCCAGAAAGAGAUUUGGAAGAAGAUGUACGCAGACAACCUCGCCACGUAUAGGGAGCAGAUGGCGGCUUACAAGGCUGGUAAAUCUAUCGAUCAUGAUGAUGAGGACCAUGACAAGUCUGCCGACCAACUCCAAGGAGACGUCGAGGCUGCGCAGCAGUCGGAUGAAGAGUCGGAAGAGUCGGAAGAAGAAGAAGAAGAGGAGGAGUCCCCCGAGCCAGUCAAGGAGCCCACUCCCCCGCCUCCCAAGCGUCGCCGCAGCGAAGGCAAGCCGUCCAAGGAGGCAUCCUCCCCUGUCAAGAAGCGAGGUGGUAAGAAGGAGGAGCCGCCCAAGCCUCCCGCUUCGGAGACCAAGCGCAACAAGAAGAAGCGCAAGAGCGAGGUCGGUGGUGAUGCAUAA